AUGGCUCAGACGGGGAGAUUCCUGGCCUGGCUGCUGCUAGUGGCCCUGGACCUGCUGGGCUGUGGAUGCCGAGCGGAGCGGGACUGCAGAGUGAGCAACUUCAGAGUCCAAGAGAACUUCGACAAGGCUCGCUAUACUGGCACCUGGUACGCCAUGGCCAAAAAAGACCCUGAGGGGCUGUUCCUGCAGGACAAUGUGGUAGCCCAGUUCACCAUAGAUGAGAAUGGACAAAUGAGUGCCACCGCCAAGGGCAGAGUCCGGCUGUUUAAUAACUGGGAUGUUUGUGCUGACAUGAUUGGCUCCUUCACUGACACUGAGGAUCCUGCCAAGUUCAAGAUGAAGUACUGGGGUGUAGCCUCUUUUCUCCAGAAGGGAAAUGAUGAUCACUGGGUGGUCGACACAGAUUAUGACACUUAUGCACUUCAUUACUCCUGCCGCCAACUAAAUGAUGAUGGCACCUGUGCUGAUAGUUACUCCUUUGUGUUCUCCCGGGACCCGAAGGGAUUGUCACCUGAGGUACAGAGAAUUAUCAGGCAAAGGCAGGUCGACCUCUGCUUGGACAGAAAAUACAGAGUUAUUGUCCAUAAUGGAUUCUGCUCUUAAGGAGUUUUGAAACU